AUGGAUGGUUUGGCACCUUGUAGAACAAGCCAACAAGAUCACACUCACAACUCGGUUGUUUCAACAUUACUUGCUUUAUUAGAUGGUUUGAAAUCUCGUAGUUCUGUUGCCGUUAUAGGUGCUACAAAUCGCCCGAAUGCGAUUGAUCCAGCUUUAAGAAGGCCAGGAAGAUUCGAUCGAGAAAUCUAUUUUCCUCUCCCAUCACUUGAGGAUAGGAUUUCCAUUCUCUCACUUUACACUCAAAAGUGGCCAAAAACACUUGACUCGUAUCAACAUUUGCUCCAUUGGAUAGCUAAAAAUACUUCAGGAUUUGCUGGUGCUGACCUUCAGCCUCUAUGUACUCAAACAGCCAUCAAUGCCUUGAAAAAAGCUACUUGUGAUCCUCAUCCAACUCAGCUUCCUGUUGUUGUAGUAGAGGACAAAGAUUGGUUGGAAGCUCUAUCAACUUGUCCACCUCUAUGCUCUCGUAGAGAAGCAUUGGCAGCAUCGAAUGAAACAGCAUCUUCACCUCUUCCUUUUCACCUUAUCCCGUGGAAUCCAAGAUCUGGACAGAGACAUCUUGCUUCAUGCAUUCUUAACUGCUUUGUUGAUCAUGUUGUGAUAAGAAAAGUUGAUAUGGCUACAAUUUCACAAGGAUAUGCUACUUUGGGACAAGGAAUAGCAUACACAUUCGGCUACAUCUGA